AUGAGGGCUAGUCUUCGAUGUUGGAAUUACAGACGAUUUAUUCAAGGACCCAAGCGACCGCGACCGACUGGUGUUGCUUUCGAUGCGUCAGCAGUAGCCACGCUGCCAGUGAUCACUGCUGAUCGGCUUACCGAGCAUUUUGCCAAAGAUGAGUUCACUAUCCCUUCAGAUAAACUUGUGACGAAAUCUCAAACAUGGUGGAAACGAGCUGCCCAGGAGAUCGAGUGGACUCUAGCUGACUAUGACGAGAUUCCCGAUGUGAAAGUGGCUCGUUUGGAGCAAGAGCGCGAGCUGCGCCUAAAGCAAUGGCAACCGGGUGACCCUCCAGUGAGACAAAAGAGAUCGACUUACGGCCAUAGUCCUAAAUGGCUUAAACCGCUACCAGAGGUAGUGAUGCUUGGCCACACCAAUGCCGGGAAACUGCUGAUAUUAAAUGCUUUACUCCCUAGUAAACCGUUAGCUCGCGUUGCUAAGCGCCCAGGGUAUACUAAGACUGUUAAUUGCUAUAAUAUUGGUAACCAGCUCCGAGUGCUUGAUUCCCCGGGCUACGGCGAGUACGGCGAAGAGAAACAGGGGCAAAUGGUGUUGGAGUACCUUGAGAGACGCCAGCAGUGUCGCAAGGCCUAUGUGUUAAUUGACGCCAAGGAAGGGGUGCUUGAACUUGAUUACGAUAUCCUCGACCAUGUCGCUGGUCUUGGCGUGCUGGUGGACGUGGUGUUUACCAAAGUGGACGAAGUAAUCUAUCGCCACUAUUGGCGCCAGGCGAAGGCGAUGAAAGGACGCCAUUUCCUCAAACGUGACCUUCAUCAGAUGGUUAAAGAUAUCAAUAUUCAAAUCAUCGCCCACUUCCAACGCCUAUUAACCGAGGGAGGCAUCGGAGAUACCAAUUACCCGGUGAAUUUGAUAUUCACCAACUCACAAACGAAUAGCUACGUGCGCCGAGAAGGCGGCAUCGCGGCGCUCCGCGCCGAUAUCUUCCGCGCCUGCGGUCUCGAUACCCGCUAA